AUGAGGGGCCAGGAGCUGAUCUACGCUGCCAUGCCCAUCAAUGGGGCGCUGGCAAAGACCUUACCUCCAGCCUCACCUCUUGCCUGCUCACCAACGAGACGUGUGGCGGGUGCACGCGGAAGCAACACUGUGCGCACGACACCGACGGAGCUCUCAAACAAACAGGUUGGCUUCCGGAAGGGCGGCAUCUUUCUUCUCAAUCCCCUGGGCAGGAGGAUGGAGAUGGUGCUGGCUGGCGUGCUGCUUGUUUCUGUCCUCGCCCUGUGCGGAUGUGCCGUCACUCUAGGCUCUAGGCGCUACAACAAAGACCCAGCACAAAGCCUGUGUCUGACCAAGGCCUGUAUCACGGUGGCCAAUAAGAUCGAGGAGGCCCUGGACCGCAGCGCUGACCCCUGCCAGGACUUCUACCAGUACGCCUGCGGGGGCUGGGUCCGCAAGAACCCUCUCCCAGAUGGACGCUCUCGUUGGAGUACCUUCAACAGCGUCUGGAACCAGAACCAGGCUCUCCUCAAACACCUGCUGGAAAACGGCACAUUCAACUCCAGCAGCGAGGCGGAGAGGAAGACCCAGUUCUACUACCUGUCCUGUCUCAACAAGCAGCACAUCGAGGAGCUGGGAGCCACGCCCCUUAUUAACCUCAUCACAAAGACAGGGGGCUGGAGCAUCACUGGGCCCUGGGAGAAGGACAACUUCAUGGAGGUGCUGAAGACUGUGUCGGGCCCCUACCGCGCCCAGCCCUUUUUCACAGUCAGAGUCAGUGUGGACCCCAAGAACUCCAAUAGCAACGUCAUCCAGGUGGACCAAUCAGGGUUGUUCCUCCCCCCGCAGGACUAUGACCACAACACAGCCAAUGAAAAGGCGUAUCUGGACUACAUGGUGCAGCUGGGCCUGCUGUUGGGAGGGGAUAAGAACUCCACACAGAGCCAGAUGCAGCAGAUCCUGGACUUUGAGACGGCGCUCGCCAACAUCACCGUAUCGCAGGACAAACGCUGCGACAAGAAGAAGGUCUACCACAAGAUCACCAUCACCGAGCUGCAGCUGCUGGCUCCGGCGGUGGACUGGCUGGACUACCUGUCAUCGGUCCUGUCCCCUCUGGACCUGAACGACACGGAGCCCGUGGUGCUCUAUGCCAAGGAGUUCCCGCAGCAGGUGUCUGACCUGAUCAACAAGACCGAUCGCAGCCUGCUCAACAACUACAUGAUCUGGAACCUGGUGCAGAAGGGUGUGUCCAGUCUGGACCAGCGCUUUGAGAACGCCCAGGACAAGCUGCUAGAGAGCCUGUAUGGAACCAAGAAGUCCCGCACACCUCGAUGGCAGACCUGCAUUGAUAACACAGAUGACACGCUCGGCUUCGCCCUGGGAGCGCUCUUUGUUAAAGCGACGUUUGAUAAACACAGCAAAAAGAUUGCAGAGGGGAUGAUCAAUGAGAUCCGUACUGCGUUCAAAGACGCUCUGGAUAACAUCAAGUGGAUGGACAAACAGACGCGGAAGGCAGCCAAAGACAAGGCGGACACCAUCUACAACAUGAUUGGAUUCCCUGACUUCAUCCUGGACCCUAAAGAACUGGAUGAUGUUUAUGACGGGUAUGAUGUCUCAGAAGACAACUUUUUCCAGAACACACUCAACUUCUACAACUUCUCCGCCAGGGUGAUGGCCGAUCAUCUCCGCAAGCCACCCAACAGGGACCAAGCCCUGAACUUCGGGGGGAUCGGAGUGGUGAUGGGACACGAACUCACGCAUGCCUUUGGUGCCCAGGGCAGGGAAUACGACAAAGAUGGGAACCUUCGGCCAUGGUGGCAAAAUUCCUCUGUGAACGCAUUUAAGAAUCACACGGAAUGCAUGGUGGAGCAGUACAAUGGGUAUACCAUCAAUGGGGAGCACAUAAAUGGCAAGCAGACGCUGGAAGAGAACAUUGCUGACAACGGAGGCCUAAAGGCAGCCUAUAAUGCGUACCAGGCAUGGGUGCAGGAGAAUGGUGAGGAGAAGAGGCUGCCGGCGGUCAACCUGACCAAUGACCAACUGUUCUUUGUGGGAUUCGCCCAAGUGUGGUGUUCCGUGCGAACCCCGGAGAGUGCCCACAAGGGAUUCAUGACAGACCCCCACAGCCCCUCAAAGUACCGUGUCAUCGGCACCCUCUCCAACUCGCCAGCCUUUGCAGAGCACUUCCAGUGCCCCACUGGCUCCCCGAUGAACCCUGGUCACCGCUGCACGGUGUGGUAGAGCCUAGGCAGAACCACAGGGAGGCGCUGUCUGUGGAGGCUGCAUGGAGAACCAAGAGGAGGAGGAGGAGGAGGAAGAGAAGAGCUGAUCUCUGCAUUGGACCUCUAACUGACCAUCGGACGUUUUUUGUUUUUGUUUUUUUCUUUGUACAUAAUGAUGGACUACUAGUGGUUUGUGAAUAGAGCAGGACAGACUCCAGGUUAGAGAGAAAAGUUGUCGUCUGCUGAUGUAUGUGUAAUUCCAGUGUUAGGGGAUGGUAUUUUUCCUAUUUUUCCACGCUGCAGUCUCACACACCGGUGGGGCACAAAGACACGUUUUAUUUACUGUUUGCUGGACAUGGUAGGGGGCUGGGGAGGAGGAGCCACUAGGGGAUGUCUGUCCACAACCCUUUCUCUAUGCUUCCGUGUCAUCACUGUCCUCGCUGUGUGUCCUGUUUACAAUUGAAACCGGAGCCGUCUUUUGACUGAGGGAUGUCACUGAAACCACUGUAAGUGCUCAGCUCGCAGGAACCUCGCAGGAAGUGCAGAAACUUCACUCUGACAUCCCAUGAUGGAGGUUCAGCUGCCUCUGUGACCUCAUAGGAAAUGCCUAAACGUCAAUGCUUCAUCUCAAAUGACAUUCAUAUUCCCUAUAUAGUAUACACAAAUGUACAAUUAGGGCCGGGAUGAUACCAGUAUCGCGAUACUCGUUAGUAUCGUGGCAAGGA